AGGGCUUUCUCUCUCUAGGAGGGAGGGGGGAGGGAGAUGGCGGACACGUACUGCAGGGACUGCGGGAAGCAGACGGAGGUGGUGUUCGACCACGCGGCGGGGGACACGAUCUGCUCGGAGUGCGGCCUGGUGCUGGAGGCGCACUCCAUCGACGAGACCUCCGAGUGGCGGACCUUCGCCAACGAGUCCAACGAUAACGACCCCGUCCGCGUCGGCGGGCCCUACAACCCCCUCCUCACCGACGGCGGACUCUCCACCGUCAUCUCCAAGCCCAACGGCUCCUCCGGCGAGUUCCUCAGCUCCUCCCUCGGCAAGUGGCAGGGCCGCGGCGCCAACCCCGACCGCAACCUCAUCCAGGCCUUCAAGUCCAUCGCCAUCAUGUCCGAUAGGCUAGGACUCGUUACGACGAUAAAGGACCGGGCGAAUGAGAUAUACAAGAAGGUGGAAGAUCAGAAACCUCUGAAAGGACGGAAUCUUGAUGCGAUAUUGGCUGCUUGCCUCUAUAUCGCUUGCCGGCAAGAGAACAAACCUCGCACAGUGAAAGAAAUAUGCUCUGUCGCCAAUGGAGCUACGAAAAAGGAAAUUGGCAGAGCAAAAGAGUUCAUAGUAAAGCUGCUGGAGGGCGAGAUGGGUCAAUCCGUAGAAAUGGGAGCCAUACAUGCUGCAGAUUACAUGAGACGUUUCUGCUCUAAUCUUGGAAUGACGAAUCAAGAAGUUAAGGCUGCCCAGGAAGUUGUCCUGAAGUCUGAAGAGCUUGACAUAAGGAGGAGCCCUAUAUCCAUUGCAGCAGCCGUUAUCUACAUCAUAACUCAGCUGUCUAGUGACAAGAAGCCUCUUAAAGAUAUAUCAGUGGCCACUAGAGUAGCCGAAGGGACUAUUAAGAAUUCCUACAAGGAUCUUUACCCUCAUCUGUUGAAGAUAAUUCCCAGCUGGUUUGCCAAGGAGGAGGAUCUCAAAAACCUCUGCCACCCUUGAAAUGCGUCCAAGGUGAUGAUUAUGCUUCACUCCAGAUUCUUUGAAAUUUGAUGCUGCUCUACUUAUCUGGGCAUUGGAAUUCGAUUUCUUAGCGAAUUCAAGCCGUAUCGCAAUAGGUGUCCUCAGCAAGUGCUGCGACAAUGUUCCAGGAGGAGGUGAAAUGGAAGACGAAGUGCAGAAAUUCGUUCUGAGAUACCGACAUGGGUAAUGGCUAGAGGAAGAAGGGGCUUAAGGCAGAUAAAUUUUGUACAUGACUAGGAUCUUCUGUAUGUACCAAGACCCUCCUGGUUCUUGGUUUACUGCAGAUCUCUCGUAUAUCGCUAGGGAAGAUAUCUUAAAUGCUGUAACUGUUAGGUCCUCUAGGCAAAAUAAUUUUUCAGCAUAGUCUCGAUUGUAGUGCUCUUUCUCUUGAAGCAAUUCAAUGUCAGUGCCUCGUCACCUCCAA